CGGGUUAUAAAAAUGCGUGGUUACAUUUUGCUGUCGGCCCUGAUUGGUCUUGCUGCUGCGCAGCGUUCGAUGGAAGAGGCUGACGUGACUACUGAUUUUGCCCUGGACAUGCCUGCAGCUCGGAGAGCCAAAUUCGAUAGUCAAACUAUGGCCAACUUGUCCGAGAUCGAGGCGGACAUUAUCGAUGAAGCCGACUCCAUCUGGUCUUGGAUCCGCCAAGUCGUUGCAUCGCCGAUGUCUACCGGUGACUACGCUUGUCUCAAGAUGAAGGCAAAGGGUGGCAAGGGUGACAAGGAGGUCUUGAAGCAGACCAUCCAGAUUGGCUAUUGUGAGCCGCUCGGAAAGAACAUGUCUUUCAAAGUGUCAGUCGGACAGGUGACCAAGCGCAUGCACUUGCCAGAGUGGAUCGAUCCAACUGGAGGGUCCAUCACCAUACCCAAGUUCUUCUCUCAAGUGUAUGACGAUACUCAGUGUACAGUGAACAGCACUGUAGCUGAUGCUGGCUUACUUUCGCUCCCUCACGUCCACAAGAUACAUAUCAAGAAUGGGAAGUGCGUGGUGAAGAUCGAAGAGGAGCCGCUACCAACCCUACCACCCACCGCGGUGACUACUACACCCACUCCGACUGAGCAGACUACCACUACACCCACUCCAACUGAGCAGACUACCACUACACCCACUCCAACUGAGCAGACUACCACUACACCCACUCCAAUAGAGUACUACUACACCCACUCCAACUGAGGCUGCCACCACUACUACGCCUACUCCAAUGGAGACAACUACUCCGACAGUAAAGGAGAGCGGAGCGGAGGUGACGCCGCCGGCUGCUGAGCCCGAAACUGGUGUGAGUGAGGAAGUUGCAGUGAACUAAGUUCGAUGCUGCGGAAGACGACUUACUUAGGACUUUCCUAGUCUU